GUUACAACAGUGAUUGCUGGGUUAGAUGGAUCUGAUGAUGUGCAAUGCAGCCGACAAGUAGUUGUAAAACCAGAUAUGAGUCUUGAUAAAGCCAUUGAACAGGGUCCAUAUGAUGCUGUCAUAUUGCCUGGAGGACUGGGAGGUGCUAACAACCUUUGUAAGUCUGCUAAGGUCAAAGAAAUACUCACUGAGCAGUACAACAGAGGAGGAGUAGUUGCUGCUAUUUGUGCUGGCCCCACUGCUUUUGUUGCRCAURGUAUUGGAGCAGGUAACACAGUGACAUCACAUCCAACUAUUAAAGACAAGAUGACAGGAUACAACUAUUCUGAGGAACGAGURGUCAGGGACAAAAACAUGAUAACCAGCAGAGGUCCAGGGACAUCAUUUGAAUUUGGCAUUGAAUUGGUCCGUGCUGUAAGAGGGGAUGAUGGGGAAGCUGACAAGCUAGCUGGACCAAUGUUGUUGAAAUAGACUCUCAAUCUCUUGGCUGUGAUUGAUGGAAGAUCAAACAUUUGCAUUUGUCUAUAGGAAAGUACCUAAUAAUAUUCUUUAGCUUCUGCAAUACCAUUUGUUCCAUAUAAUGUGUACCAUGUGUUUUCAAAGAUGUUUACACUAAGUCAAGAAAAGAGAGUAGAAGUCCUAGACUAGUUAGAUAUUGAAGUUGUUAAUAUUGAAYGCAGUUUGGUAUUUCCAGCACAAUCUGCCUAUAGGAUUACAUAAAUAGAGAAUGUUUUAUGGCUACUUUAAAUUAAAAAAAUCAUGGUAUCAUGGUAUCAUGUUGUGCCCCUUAUAACUUAAUUGGUCAAGAUGAAAUUUUUUUAAAUUGACAUACUUGCCUAGUUGCAUUAAAAUGGAUACUAGAACUUAC